ACAGCCUAUUAAGCCUUAUGCAAUCGACGAAGAAAACGACCACGGCUGUUACGGCUCUAGUGAGCAGAAGGAAUAAACAAACAUGUCUCACGUGUAAAUUUUCAUUUUUUUGUGUUGGUCCAGUCAGUUUUCGCUCUUUUCUUUCUGAUAAAUCAAUCUUCGUUACAUUUACCGGCCACCAGGACUUCUGUGAUAUAACUUACGGUAACAGUUUCCUGUCUAGACCCCAUCUAGCUGUUUCAUUGCGAAGACGACGGAUUGAAAUAUGGCGUGAAGAGGGGUCCAAUGGAUUGCAAUUGACUUCUUUUUAUUCCUGAGCCAAAUAAAACGAGCGUCACGCAAGUAUGUCCUUAAAGUGUUAUGACUGCUCCUCGUGUUUACUUGUCGUGACCACUUAGUGAAGUUGGGAACCAAACUGAUUUGUGUAUGGGAAGGUGCGUGUGAUCCUGCACACAACUCGAAAGAAUUCUAGGCCACUUUUGUUCAUCGUGGUCAAUACGAGCUGAGUAAGCUCCUCGUCGUGAUGGCCUGGGCUCUGAAACUGCCGCUCGCUGAUGAGGUGAUCGAGUCCGGCCUGGUGCAGGAUUUCGACGCCAGUCUGUCUGGAAUUGGCCAGGAGCUUGGAGCAGGAGCCUACAGUAUGAGUGAUGUGCUGGCACUCCCCAUCUUUAAACAGGAAGAGUCAAAUCUGCCACCUGAUAAUGACAACAAAAUCCUUCCCUUCCAAUAUGUUCUUUGUGCUGCCACGUCACCAGCUGUCAAACUACAUGAUGAGACACUCACCUACCUCAACCAAGGACAGUCUUACGAAAUUCGAAUGCUGGACAAUCGGAAAAUGGGUGAGCUUCCGGAGAUCACAGGCAAAAUGGUGAAGAGCAUCAUUCGUGUGGUUUUUCAUGACCGGCGACUGCAGUACACUGAGCACCAGCAGCUGGAGGGCUGGCGCUGGAACAGACCAGGUGAUCGAAUCCUUGACCUAGAUAUUCCUAUGUCUGUUGGUAUCGUGGAUCCCAGGGCAAACCCAACACAGCUUAACACAGUGGAGUUCCUAUGGGACCCAUCAAAGCGGACUUCAGUGUUCAUCCAGGUUCAUUGCAUCAGCACAGAGUUCACAAUGCGCAAGCAUGGCGGUGAGAAGGGGGUUCCAUUUCGGAUCCAAAUUGACACGUUCAAAGAGAAUGAAGCAGGAGACUACACAGAACAUCUGCACUCUGCCAGCUGCCAAAUCAAAGUCUUCAAGCCCAAAGGUGCUGACAGAAAGCAGAAGACUGAUAGAGAAAAGAUGGAGAAGAGGGCACCUCAAGAAAAGGAGAAAUACCAGCCGUCAUAUGAAACCACCAUCCUUACUGAGUGCUCACCGUGGCCUGAGGCCACUUAUGUCAACAACUCUCCAUCGCCAGGCUUCAGCAGCACCCACAACAGCUACCCUACUGAAGGGAAUGGCUCACCGAAUCACCAGCCAGAACCAGUGGCACAGGUAGCAGAUAAUCUGGUGCCCACUGCAACACCUCAAGAAGCACAGCAAUGGCUCCAUAGAAACCGCUUUUCGCCAUUCUGUCGUCUCUUCACAAACUUCUCAGGGGCAGACCUGCUGAAACUAACUAGAGAGGACGUCAUUCAGAUCUGUGGCCCAGCUGAUGGCAUACGACUGUUCAAUUCACUAAAAGGAAGGGUGGUUCGCCCAAGACUCACUAUCUAUGUGUGCCAGGAGUCUCAGCAGGCCCGAGACCAACAAAAACAUGAGAACGGAGAUGGUGCUAGCAAUACCUUUUUUGUGUACCAUGCUAUUUACCUGGAGGACCUAACGGCCAUCGAGCUGACUGAGAAAUUAGCUCAGCUUUUCAACAUCUCUCCACGCCAGAUCAGCCAGAUCUUCAAGCAGGGACCCACAGGCAUUCAUGUGCUUGUCAGCGAUGAGAUGAUUCAGAACUUUCAGGAUGAGAUGUGUUUUGUGUUGGACACAAUGAAAGCUGAGACGAACGAUGGCUAUCACAUCAUCUUGAAGUGAGAAUGCAGAUUGGGCAAAUAGUCGACACCCAUUUUCCAGCAGAUUAAUCUUGAUCAGUAUGCUUCCCCACAGUCCCUACCUUCACUGUUCCUGGAUCUUUUGAUUACGAUUGUUUCUUACAGUUGUAUUGCUCAGGCAUUAGAGGCCACUGUGGUAAAGUGGAAAUGCAUCUGGCUUGUUCCGAUACCUUACUGUCGUACUCUCCACAGACUGUCUGUACUGCCAGUACUAUCAGACUGCAGAUUUUAUUGUUUUGUAUUUUAUUGCUUUAGUUAUCCUUUCUUUUUAAAAAUCUCUUUUCUUUGAUGUCUAUACAUUAGUUGUAAGCACUGGUGUGCCAGAGCCUGCUGCCUGAGAAUGACUGAAUGGGUUGUUGUAGAAUUAGCAUUAGCAGACACUGUCUGACAAGGUCUUUUUGCAUCCUGUGCCUAUAUCCCACCAUUUAUCAGCAUUGCGAGUUAUUAUCCACCAUGCAAGGCAAAAGUCAUAGUAAAAGUGUAAUCAAUAAUUACACCUGAUAGUCCCCUAUAUUGAUUCCCCACUGAAAAAGUGGUUUCAACAUGUUCUGUUAGUAGGCUAAUUUAUAACGCGUAUUACGCUUAUGUUAUCAAAAUAAAUUAUUUCAGUAACUUCCCCUGGUUUGCCUACAGGAAGAAAAGUAGCACUGCUGCUACUGCUACUGUUGAGUUACUUUUCUGUAGCUCAUUUAUUAACAAGGGUUUUCUGCAGAGUAACUAAUCCUUUCUUUGUAAGUGUAGUAGUACUUCUAAAUUGGUAUAAAUUCUCAAUCCGAGAAACAUGAAUUCAGUUGGUAAUUCACAACAGUAUAGUCACACUACAUUUUGUUGUUAAAUGUUCCAUUAUACUAUUCAGACAGUGGGUAUAAAUGGCAACACCAGUCCAUUACCUCCUCCAUAUUCUUUUUUGUGCUUAGUAUUUUUCUUCUUUAAAUACAGGCUUAUUCUAUAGAACAAGUUCUUACAAAGAUCUGUUCAGACCAGGAUUUGUUUUCUUUUAUAUCAUGUUUUAUGUACGUACACCAACUGCUUUGUGUUGGCCGUGAUCAUUGUUGGGCUGUUGUUUUUUUUGUUUGUUUGUUUUUGUUUGUUUUUUUUUUUGUCUAUAACCAUUGCAAUGCAAAUCGAUUUGGUGUGAAAAGCAUAUGUUUUAAGUGCUUCUGAAGGUAGAGCGGGUUAGCUGUGUUGGAUGUAUGCAAGGCAGUAAAGUCACUGAAGACUUUCUCUCCACCAUUUUCUCAUGUCAGUGCAACAAUUAAAACAUUUUACCCAUUAAAAGCAAUUUUGCUUGUGUGUCAGCUUUGCUCCAGCCACAGUUUGCAAUAUCUCAUUUGAUGCUAACAUUUUAUACUGAGUAUAUUUCAGAUGGAUUGUAAUUUAUCUCGAUGCUGGCUUGAAUUUCAUGUAUGUACAGUAUUCACACAACCAGUAAAAGUGAAAAUCAGUAUUGACAAAC